CUUCUGUGCUCGAAUUCCUUACGCCAUCAGCACUCUCACGAGCUGCGAAUCUUCGGAAAUUAGAAGAAGAGCUAGGUUUUUUUUCGAACGUCGCGUGGAAAGUGACAGAUGCUCGUUCUUCGUGGAUUCAUGCUUUGAUCAAUUUUCCUCACAACACCCCACGACGCUGCGCGUGUAAAUACACGAGCUUUUCGAAUCCGCAUUUACGAUUCCCUUUGUGGUCUUUUCAACUCCACACUUCUCACCUGAUACGCGUUGCAUUCACUUCCUGAAAAUAUGUCAUUUGGAUUUACGGACCCUACUGAUUCGCCGUUUACUCCUGGCCGCCUUCCGCGCCAAUGGGACGAUUCAUUUGGCGUUGGCUCGAACCCUUCUACGACCCCGGCCGGAGCUCCGCCUUCGUCAGCACCCUCAUUUACACCCUCUGGACCUCCUCCAACAUCGUCUAUGCUUGGCAGCCCGCAGCCUGGAUCAGCUUUAUUCUCAUCGAGAGCGGCAUCUCGCACCUCGCCGCGCUUUAAUUUCGGAAGCCCAAUGUUCAAACCCAAAGGCCAAUUUCCCAAUUCGGGGCAGCAGGGCGCCCAUGCGCAUCCAUUUGGCUUUCCAGGUCCUGCUGUCCCAAACAGCAAUCCUGUUUUUGGGUAUGCGAGUGACGGUGAUGACGAAGACGAGUCAAUGAUGGACGACCCGGAAGCUAGUGUGGACGCCGGAGACGAGCGGGAUAUUCCUAUGGCCGGUGAUGAAAUGGAUAACAUGGCAGAUGGCAGCGUUAUGUCGCCUGCGUCAAAUUCAAGUCGGCUCAGAUCAGCGGGUGGAUUUGGUUCGUCGAUUCAGAGCAACAGCACUCCGAGGGGCACAAAGCGAGCUCACGCCGAGUUGUCGCGCCGAUCUCCUUCUGUGCGACUCCGCAACGAGUCGGCUCUCCCUGGCAUUUCAAAGGACCUUGCUUCAAAGGCCGAGAAGAUUCCUGUCUACGAGCCAGAUGAGAUGAUCCUGCGCACGGAAGGGUUGAUUAACGACCUCGUCAAUGAACAGCCGGCUGAAGGAGAAGACGAAUCCGCUUUCAUUGCUGCUCUGGCUUCUACUCCGCAGGACUUGCUAAAGAGUUGGCAAUAUUUUUCGGAGAAGAGCCUGAGGGAGGCAGGGGAGCUAGAAACUGAUGUAAUCACUAUUGGCCCAGGAGAAGACGCUCCUCCCCUGACCAAGGCCAAUUUCAUUGCAACCCUUUUACUGCGCCUGCAACAUCCUCCGACUACCCAAGCAAGCAUGUCUUUGAGUGGCUCGCGCUCAGGCUGGGCGUCAAGCUUUAAUGAGUACGGAAACUCAGUGGCUUCUGGCUCGCCCUGGCCAAUUCCAAAGGUCCUACUCGACUGGUUGAAUACACAUCACGAUCCAUAUGAGGGUUUGGGACGCGACGUCCAAAUUCAUCACCCAAAUGCCACCGCCCACCCUAAUUAUUGGGACAUUAUAUAUUCGUCUGCUCUGCGAGGAAAGCUGACGGAUGUAAUUCGGAUAUUCAAGGAGUCUGAUUUUAGACAUGCUCGUACAGCGCUUGAAGACGGGCGUGACGAGCCUGGCUACCAAGGUAUCCAACUCGGUAAUAUUCAGCGUGUCAUUAAUCGAGCUGUGCAAAUUCUCGAAAUGUGCCCAGCCGUGCAAAGUGGAGACUGGGAUAUCCUCACCAAUGACUGGCUUCUCUUUAGAAGAAGAGUGGAGCAAGGGCUCUCUGAUUUGGCUACCUUUGCGGAAGGAGGAGAUAAAGAUGCGGAAGAAAUUGAUAAACCAUUUAUGGCGAAGAAUUUUGGUCUACCGAAUAUUCCGCGCCAGAGGUCACUUAGUCAAGCUUCCCGUAGAGCUGAGAGCAAAGUUCCCUGGACAGUAUAUCAAAAUCUCAAGGCGAUGUACCGUAUCUUCCUGGGUGGUGAAACUGAAAUCAUCUCUUUCUCGCAGGAUUGGGUGGAGGCAGCAAUUGGGCUCACUGUGUGGUGGAAUGGAGAGGAUUCGGAUGUGUCUGAUGGCAGCUUGGCCGGGAGCCGACAAUCUCCUAUCCGUGCCAUUGCACGAGCCCAGCUUCCAGCGGAUGAAAUUGCGAAUGAGGACUACCUGAAUAGGUUGGCAUAUGCCUUUGCUCGUGCAACGGACGAACGAGAUUCGAAUACCUUCCAAAUUGACUCUCUUUCACCGAUUGAGGUUGCAUUGGGCAGUAUCUUUGAGGGAAACAAUGAGGGCGCCAUCGGAAUAGUACGCAGCUGGUCGUUGGUGAUCACCGCAGCAAUAGUUGAAGUUGGCAGCUAUGGUGGCUGGCUUCAAUUGCCGGGCGAGAGCAAUGCUCGUGAUAUAUUCAGCGAAAGCGACCUCAUGGUAUUGAGCUACGGCAUGGAGAAGGAUCAAAUGCAGCGAGACCAGAUUCUUUCUCAGUAUGCGGAGGGUUUGUUUCAAAGGAGAUCGCUCCGUGCGCAGAACUCGAAGCUUGUCAGAGAGGGAUGGGAACUUUCUGUGGAAGUGCUUUCUCGAUUGGAUGAUUUUGACCUGGCGACUAACAAAAUUGACGAAUUGCUAAAUAAGUUGGAGCUCGAUUCUGGCCGCAAGGUUGAUAAUAUUCUCUCUCUGUGCGACGAGCUUGAUAUUUCUGCCCAAGGCCGAAGAAUCUCCGAGAAAUACGCCGACUCCUUGGCGGAAAAUACUUUCAACUAUGGCGAUGCGCUGCUGUUCUACGCUAGAGCACAUAACCAACGCAAGAUUAAGGACGUGCUUGACCUUCUCAUCUCGCUUUGCCUUGUUCAAUCAAUGGCAUACCCCCCAGAGACAGAAUUGGACCAGACGCUUGCAGACCUUAUCACUUCACCCCAAGCGUCUCUUAUCGACUUGUCUCGUAUCGAUUUCAAGGCUGCCCAGCUUCUUCAAACAUGCCUUAGCGGAUACGCUACGCUACGGAGAUUUUACGAUGUUCGAGACCAGACUAUCAAAUCGUCCCACACGGAUACGGACAAUGGCAAACAAAAAAAGGCAUCGCUGGCUCACCUUGGCCCCGUUGCACGCAAACGAGAAGCUGCUGCAAAGCUCGUCGCCAUCAUAAACAGCGCCAGCGACAGCAUCAGCGGUGGCCUAGUUGACGAGUCGAAUGGAUCCAUAGUCCAGGUGGAUGGUCUCCUCGCUCUGCUCGGUGAAGCCCUUGUCUUUGUCAAUCAACCCAAGCGUAUCCUCUCACUCCAACAAACAUUUUCCAUCCUCAAAGCAAUCGAAGAUAUCCAAACCGUCACGCCGCGGAUCUACGACCAGUGCGAAGAGUUUCUCCAAUCUACAAUUCUCCAAGCCCGUGAAUCCUCCUCUUCAUCAGGCCGCUCAUCUUCUGCCCGCAUCCCAGACCCGCGUAGCAUCCUCCGCAAAUCCAUCAAUCUUUCCUCCUCCAUGAUGAGCGCCUCCACAACUUCCACUUUCGGUCACGGCAGUUCCCUCAGCUACUCGCUCAUUGGUAGCGCCAUGCUUGAUAAAGAUGGUCAUGCGAGCGACCAUGAUGAUGAUGGCGAGAAUGACAGUGCAGCGAGUGGUAGUGGGGUUCUCGUGCCGCCGGGCCUAUCCGAGUCCAAGACCCAGCGUGGCUGGGACUGGAGAGUCGGUCUUCUUCGACGUGGUCCUCAUGGUGCAGAGCCCGCAGAAGUGUCGGGACAGGAUGUCCUGCGCAUCUUGAGAGUGGGCCUGGCCAAAGAGCUGGCCAGAGGAUGGGUGGUUAGUGAAGAUGUCGGCGGCUUUAGCACUGGCGCUGUCGGCCUCGGUACCGGGACUGGUGUAGGGGUUUUAUAAUUCUAAUGCUCCUUUUCAUCUAUUUUCCGCCUCAUGUUCAUUCUUUUCAAUUCCCGUGUUAUCUUCUCCAAAACUAUUCCCCCGCUUUCCAAUCUUGCGGAAUCUGUUAUUGCUGGCCUUAAUUGCUGCUAGUACCGUCUCCUACACCUGCCGAUGUUGCUUUCCCGGCUUUUAACUCCCACUUUGCUUUUUCAAUUUCUAUCCACAAUGUCUUGGAGUCGGCGCGUAUUUGAGCAUAUUCAAGAGCAUUCCCUUCUAUGCAAUUUCUCUAUUUGUGUCGUUUUAUCACCUUUCUUCAGAGGGCAAUAGAAUAAAAAUGGGAUCUAUUAUGAAACCCUGUUCUCUGCAAGCCGC